AUGGCCGCAAGCCCCAUCAAGGAGAAGAGCUUCUCUCCCACGACUUCCACUUCCCAGCAAGACAUCGAAGCCGGCGAGUUCAAAGACAUUCACAAUGCCGACGCCGACGCAGCGCUGGAGUUUCUCCGCCAUGAAGGUGCCGUCAGACCAAUGACCGCCGAGGAUGAGAAGCGACUCGUUCGAAAGAUCGACUGGAUGAUUGUGCCUCUGAUGUGGUGCUGCUAUUGCCUGCAGUACCUUGACAAGACUUUGAUCAACUACGCCAAUGUCAUGGGCUUGUCCGAGGAUACUGGUAUGACCAAGGAUCAAUUCAGCAAUCUGGCUCUCAUCUUCUACGUCUCGUACCUGGUGCUCGAGUUCCCUCAUGGAUAUGGCAUGCAAAAGCUGCCGACAGCGAAGUACCUGGGAACCAUGGUAUUCCUGUGGGGUGUUGUCGUGACAGUCACAAGCGCCUGCACGAGCUACGGAGCGCUAGUCGCUACUAGAGUGUUGCUGGGCGUGUUCGAGAGUGCCGUGGCACCAUCGCUGAUUCUCAUCACCGGGAUGUGGUACAAGCGGCACGAGCAACCUCCACGAGUCGGGUUGUGGUAUCUUGGAGUUGGGACCGGGACUAUCAUUGGAAGUCUGAUAUCGUUCGGAUUUCAACAUGUUGAGAGCAAGGCGCUAUAUAGCUGGCAGAUCAUGUUCCUUCUCGUCGGUCUGAUCACUUGCACGGUCGGCGUCCUUGUCUUCUUCCUACUGCCAGACAACCCAAUGAGCAGCCGACUCACCCACGAAGAGAAGGUCUGGGCUGUUGAACGCUUGAGGGAGAAUCAAACCGGCAUCGAAAACAAGCACAUCAAACCGACACAAAUCCUGGAGUGCUUCGCCGACCCACAGACCUGGCUUUUGAGUCUGAUUACCAUCCUCAGCAAUGUCCCAAACGGAGCCGUCAGCAGUUUCCAGGCCACGAUCAUCAAGAGCUUCGGCUAUACGUCAAAGCAGACGGCGUUGCUUUCCAUUCCUUCCGGUGCUAUUUCAAUCAUAGCGAUAUUGGGCUCGACUUUCCUGGCAGGCCGAUACAAUCAACGAGGAAUCCAGGUCUGCGCUCUACUCAUCCCUGGUAUCCUAGGAGGAUGUCUGAUGGCAUUUGUUCCAGAAGACAACAAGGCUGGCAAGCUCAUAGGCAAUUAUCUAACGAACACAAUCGGUGCUAGUCUACCGUUGCUGUAUUCGUGGGUGUCGGCGAACUAUGCUGGGCAUACGAAAAAGGUGACCAUGAACGCCAUCCUCCUCAUGUCUUUCUGCUUGGGAAACAUCAUCGGGCCUCUGACAUUCACCGGAGAAUCUGCUCCUGGUUACGUACCUGCCAAGAUCACGAUCAUCGUCACUUGCGCUGCCGCCGUUUGUGUCGCCAUCAUACUUACGUUGUACUAUGGUAGGGAGAAUACAAGAAGAGACCGAGUUGCAGCUGAGGGCGGAAACGAACACAAGGACAAUGUCGAGUUCGCUGAUGUCACGGAUCGGAAGAACAAAGAGUUUAGAUAUCGAUUGUGA